AUGUCGCAGAUACAGGAGGAGCAGAGAGGAGGCGGCCCUCCCCUAACGUCAACAACUCAUCUCAAUCCCCCCCAAGCCAGUACCGCCCAAGGGGAUGCCCAGCUCCAAGCCGAGCACCAGAGACAUCACCCACUCCGCCACCACCACUCCAUCCUCUCAGAGACCGAAGAAGAACUGACGGAGGAAGAGCUCAUCGAGUACGAGAAGGGCGUUCUGACCUGGGAAAAGGCCAAGAACUGGAGGUUUUGGCUGAGGAAAGAGUGGGCAUGGUAUUAUGUCGCUUUUGUGCUUAUUGUAGCGGUGGUGGCCUUGAUGGCAUUCUUCCAUCACUCGAUCAUCAACUGGUUGUCGCCUUUCGUAAAACGGCUACGCGAGCUGAAGGGCGGAUUUGCUAUUCCAGCAGCCAUCCUAUUUGUACUCUCUUUCCCUCCGUUGUUUGGUAACGAAAUUGUAAUCGUUCUGGUCGGGUUGGUAUGGGGUCUAGGCAAAGGAUUUGCUAUCGUCGUCGUCGGCCUAGGCUUAGGAGAGCUCUGUGUCUUUCUAAUGUUCAAGCACUGGUGCCAUACUCGAGCUGAGCGCAUGACUCGCAAGUCACUAAACUAUGCGUGCUUGGCGCAAGCUAUCCAGGAUGGAGGAUUGUUGAUGGCAUGGAUCGUUCGGCUGAGUGUCAUUCCCACGCAAGCUGUCUUUGCGGUGUGCGGUCUGCCGACUUGGGCUUUCAUCCUAGCACUGAUCGGUGCCCUGCCGAAGCAGCUCAUCAGCGUUUACGUCGGAGGCAUGUCUCCUCCCCCUGCCAAUUAG